ACCCUGAGGAAGAAGCAUGCAGACAGUGUGGCUGAACUUGGGGAACAGAUUGACAACCUGCAGCGGGUCAAGCAGAAGCUGGAGAAAGAGAAGAGUGAGAUGAAGAUGGAGAUUGAUGACCUUGCUAGUAAUGUAGAGACCAUCUCUAAAGCUAAGGGAAACCUAGAGAAAAUGUGCCGCACUCUAGAGGACCAAGUGAGUGAACUGAAAUCCAAAGAAGAAGAGCAGCAGCGGCUCAUCAAUGACCUGACAACCCAGAGGGGACGCCUGCAGACUGAAUCUGGUGAAUUUUCACGCCAGCUUGAUGAAAAAGAAGCUCUGGUGUCUCAGUUAUCAAGGGGAAAACAAGCAUUUACUCAACAGAUUGAGGAAUUAAAGAGGCAGCUUGAAGAAGAAGUAAAGGCCAAGAAUGCCCUGGCCCACGCCCUGCAGUCCUCCCGCCAUGACUGUGACCUGCUGCGGGAGCAGUAUGAGGAGGAGCAAGAAUCCAAGGCGGAGCUGCAGAGGGCGCUGUCCAAGGCCAACAGUGAGGUUGCCCAGUGGAGGACCAAGUAUGAGACCGAUGCCAUCCAGCGCACAGAGGAGCUGGAGGAGGCUAAGAAGAAGCUGGCUCAGAGGUUACAGGCUGCUGAGGAACACGUGGAAGCUGUGAAUGCCAAAUGUGCAUCCUUGGAGAAGACAAAGCAGAGGCUGCAGAAUGAGGUUGAGGACCUCAUGCUUGAUGUGGAGAGGACCAAUGCUGCCUGUGCAGCCCUAGACAAGAAGCAAAGGAACUUUGAUAAGAUCCUGGCUGAAUGGAAGCAGAAAUAUGAGGAAACACAUGCUGAGCUGGAAGCAUCCCAGAAGGAGGCCCGCUCCCUUGGUACUGAGCUGUUCAAGAUGAAGAAUGCCUAUGAGGAAUCCUUGGAUCAGCUAGAAACCCUGAAGCGAGAGAACAAAAACUUGCAGCAGGAGAUUUCUGACCUCACGGAGCAGAUUGCAGAGGGAGGAAAACGUAUCCAUGAACUGGAGAAAAUAAAGAAACAAGUAGAACAAGAGAAGUGUGAACUUCAGGCUGCUUUAGAAGAAGCUGAGGCAUCUCUUGAACAUGAAGAGGGGAAAAUCCUGCGCAUCCAGCUUGAACUGAACCAAGUCAAGUCUGAAAUUGACAGGAAAAUUGCUGAGAAGGAUGAGGAAAUUGACCAGCUGAAGAGAAACCACAUUAGAAUCGUGGAGUCAAUGCAGAGCACACUGGAUGCUGAGAUCAGGAGCAGGAAUGAUGCCAUCAGGAUCAAGAAGAAGAUGGAGGGAGACCUCAAUGAAAUGGAAAUCCAGCUGAACCAUGCCAACCGCAUGGCUGCUGAGGCCCUGAGGAACUAUAGGAACACUCAAGGCAUACUCAAGGAUACCCAGCUACACCUGGAUGAUGCUCUCCGGGGCCAGGAGGACCUGAAGGAACAGCUGGCCAUGGUUGAGCGCAGAGCCAACCUGCUUCAGGCUGAGAUUGAGGAGCUGCGGGCCACACUGGAGCAGACCGAGAGGAGCAGGAAAAUCGCAGAACAGGAGCUCCUGGAUGCCAGUGAGCGUGUCCAGCUCCUCCACACCCAGAACACUAGCCUGAUCAACACCAAGAAGAAGCUGGAAACAGAUAUUUCCCAAAUGCAAGGAGAGAUGGAGGACAUCAUCCAGGAAGCCCGCAAUGCAGAAGAGAAGGCCAAGAAGGCCAUAACUGAUGCUGCCAUGAUGGCUGAGGAGCUGAAGAAGGAGCAGGACACCAGCGCCCACCUGGAGCGGAUGAAGAAGAACAUGGAGCAGACAGUGAAGGACCUGCAGCUCCGUCUGGAUGAGGCUGAGCAGCUGGCACUGAAGGGUGGCAAGAAGCAGAUCCAGAAGCUGGAGGCCAGGGUGCGUGAGCUGGAAGGGGAGGUUGAGAGCGAGCAAAAGCGUAAUGUUGAAGCUGUCAAAGGUCUGCGCAAACAUGAGAGGCGAGUGAAGGAACUCACUUACCAGACGGAAGAAGAUCGGAAAAAUAUUCUCAGGCUUCAGGAUUUGGUAGAUAAACUUCAGGCAAAAGUGAAAUCUUACAAGAGACAAGCAGAAGAGGCUGAGGAACAAUCCAACACAAAUCUAUCUAAAUUCCGCAAGAUCCAGCAUGAAUUGGAGGAAGCAGAGGAAAGGGCUGACAUUGCAGAGUCUCAGGUCAACAAAUUGCGGGUAAAGAGUCGGGAAGUUCAUACAAAAAUUAUAAGUGAAGAGUGAUCAAGUCCGGAUGCAAUGGAAUGACUGAAGAGAGGCACAAAAUGUGAAGUCUUUGGUCAUUUUCCUCUGUAAUUUUGUCUAUUCUACCCUAUUGUGAAGGAAAUAAAAAGUACAGAAUAUUUUGCAAAC